CUUCUCCUGGACUCUUAUGGCCGACUCUGCCCCUAUUGUGUGCUGCUGCGUUGGCGCCGGCUACGUCGGUGGCCCCACCAUGGCUAUCAUGGCGCAGAAGUGCAACGUCAAGAUCACCGUGGUCGACAUCAACCAGGCCCGGAUCGACGCUUGGAACUCGGACGAGCUCCCGAUCUACGAGCCUGGACUUGACGAGAUUGUCAAGGCGCAGCGUGGCAAGAACCUGUUCUUCUCGACCGAGGUGGAUGCCGCCAUCGAGGAGGCCGACAUUAUUUUUGUGUCGGUCAACACGCCGACCAAGACGUACGGUGUGGGCGCCGGCGCAGCUGCUGACCUCAAGUACAUCGAGGCCGUGGCGCGGCAGAUCGGGCAGGUUGCAACGGGCAACAAGAUUGUUGUGGAAAAGUCGACGGUGCCGGUGCGCUGCGCUCAGGCGAUCAAGGCGAUUCUCGAGCCGCAUGCGCGCGAGAAGGGCCUCCGCUUCGACGUGUGCUCCAACCCGGAGUUCCUCGCCGAGGGCACGGCCAUCCGCGACCUGCUUGCACCGGACCGCGUGCUCAUCGGGUCUGACCAGAACGAGUCUGGCCUCGCGGCGUGCGCGCUUGUCAAGUCACUGUACGCGCAGUGGGUGCCCGAGGAGAAGAUCCUGACGACCAACGUCUGGUCGUCGGAGCUCUCCAAGCUUGUGGCCAACGCGCUCCUCGCGCAGCGGAUCUCGUCGAUCAACGCCAUCUCGGCGCUGUGCGAGAAGACCGGUGCGGAUGUGGAGGAGGUCGCGCGCGCUGUCGGGCGCGACUCGCGGAUUGGGCCCAAGUUCCUGGGCGCGUCGGUUGGCUUUGGCGGCUCGUGCUUCCAGAAGGACAUCCUCAACCUGGUGUACCUGUGUGAGUGCGAGGGCCUGCAGGAGGUUGCCGACUACUUCCGGUCGGUGGUCGACAUCAACACGUACCAGCGCAACCGCUUUGCCCGCCACAUCGUCAACACGCUCUUUGGCACGAUUGGCGGCAAGCGCAUUGCGCUCUUUGGCUACGCGUUCAAGAAGGAUACCGGCGACACUCGUGAGUCUGCGGCGAUCUAUGUGGCUGGCGAGCUGCUCAAGGAGCGCGCCCGCCUUGCCAUCUAUGACCCCAGGUCAAGCGCGAGAUGGUGUUCUGGGAGCUCGAGCACACGUCCGAGGCGCCCAAGGACAUCGACUUUGAGUCUGUCGUGGAGUACUCGAACACCGACCCGUACGCCAUUGCCAACGGUGCCCACGCUGUCGCCGUCAUGACCGAGUGGCCCGAGUUUGUCUCGGAGAUUGACUGGCAGCGCAUCUACGACAACAUGGCCAAGCCGGCGUUCAUCUUCGAUGGCCGUCUCCUUCUCGACCACGAUGCUCUGCGGGCCAUCGGCUUCCAGGUGUACUGCAUCGGCAAGAAGUAAGCGAUUUCAUACUUGCCUUGGCUCCCUCCCUUCCCAGUCAAAGUAACUCCCUGCACAGUUUGUGGCGUCAGCGUAAACGCGGUCGUGCUUUA